CCCAACCAAACUAAGCAUACCCGAGUGGCACAAGAUCUUUUUAGCAUUUACAGUUAUUUUUUCAGCACAUAUUUGGGAACAUCUCAAUGGCACAAGGAAAGUUUGAGAUGGGUGUGGUCCUAGUCCUAGUGACCAUGCUCUGGGCAGGAGCUGAGGCUCAGUCGAGCUGUACAAAUGAGAUAAUCAGCUUGUCACCAUGCCUGAACUACAUUACCGGCAACUCCUCCACCCCAUCUUCAGGAUGCUGCUCGCAGCUCGCCACCGUAGUCCGUUCGCAGCCGCAGUGCUUGUGUGAGGUCAUUAAUGGUGGUGGCUCGUCGCUGGGGAUCAACGUCAACCGAACUCAGGCUCUAGCCCUUCCCAGUGCUUGUAAUGUUCAGACUCCACCCCUUAGCCGCUGUAACGCUGCUUCUCCAGCCGACUCCCCCGCAGGAACACCAGACUCUUCAAACACAGUUCCUUCAGGAGGAGGAUCUAAAACUGUCCCAUCGACAGACGACGGUUCAUCAGCUGGAAGUUCCAUCAAGUUGUCGAUUUCGCAUCUCUUCUUCCUUCUUUGUGCUGCAGCAUUUGCUUCAUCCUUCACCACAUAAGAAUUUUGUCCUGUGCUAGUCUGCCUUUCACAGCAAACGAUGCCUACAUAUUAUUGUGAUUAUUAUUGUAUUCUACAGUACUUUAUUCAGUUCCCUUAGUUUGGUUAUACGUUUUUUUUUUACUUUUUUUGGUGACCUCUUCAGGGUUAAUAUUGUUUUGUAUUACUGAGGAGACAUCUAGCUCUCUUCCCUACUCAAUAAAGAUGAUUGCUGGCUUAUGAUCUA